AGUAGCAUAUAGCAUAUAGCAUAUCAUAUCACAUCAUAUAUAUUUGAUCCUUAAUUAGUGAAUAUGGCAGGAAAUGCAAACAGAAGCAGGCAUGAAAAAGCUGAAGCAUGGGAAAAGGUGAAGGGGAUGCCAAAAGCAAUGAUGGAGAAGGUGAUGAACAUUUGUGUGAUGACAAAGGAAAUAGCACAAGAUGAUCCUAGAAAAGUGAUUCAUUCACUCAAAGUUGGUCUUUCAAUAUCUCUCGUCUCUCUUUUCUAUUUCUAUCAGCCUCUCUAUGAGAAUUUUGGACUCUCUGCAAUGUGGGCUGUUAUGACUGUUGUUGUGGUUUUUGAGUUCACUGUUGGAGCUACUCUUGGAAAAGGUUUGAAUAGGACACUAGCCACUUUGACAGCUGGUGCUCUUGGUGUUGGUGCUCAUUACUUGGCUAGCCUUGCCGGAGAGACUGCAGAACCCAUUUUGAUUGGUUUCUUUGUCUUCCUUCAAGCUGCAAUAGUAUCAUUCAUAAGGUUCUUCCCAAAAAUGAAGGCAAGAUAUGAUUAUGGAUUGCUGAUAUUUAUUUUGACAUUCUCAUUGAUAUCUGUAUCCGGGUUCCGUGACGAUGAAGUAUUGGAAAUGGCACAUAAGAGGCUUUCCACCAUUGUCAUUGGAGGCACAGCUUGUGUCAUGAUCUCCAUUUUUGUGUGUCCUGUUUGGGCUGGUGAAGAACUCCAUUAUUCUAUUGCUCUCAACUUGGACAACCUUGCUCAUUCCUUACAAGAAUUUAUAAAUAAGCAUUUGAAGGCAUCAGAGGAAGGAGAUUCUAAUAAAGAUAACAAGUCUUUUAUGGAAGGUUACAAAAGCGUUCUCAAUUCCAAAAGUAGCGAAGAUUCUCUGGCGAAUUUUGCAAGAUGGGAACCAGGUCAUGGGAAGUUCAAAUUUCGUCACCCGUGGGACCAAUAUCUUAAGAUUGGUGCUCUUUCUCGUCAAUGUGCUUAUCGAAUUGAAGCUCUCAUAAAUGGACACCUCAAUUCUCCACAUAUCCAAGGAUCAUCAACAGCAUCAUCGGAAAUUGUUGGUACGAUUGAAGAAGCAUGCAUAGAAAUGAGUGUGGAAUCUAGCAAAGCCUUGAAGGAAGUUGGAUUAUCCAUAAAGAACAUGAUGAGGCUUCCAUCUUCUAAUAACCACAUUUCUGAAUCAAAAGCUGCAAGCAAGAGGCUGAAGGCAUUGCUCCAAUCAAGUUUAAAGGGACAAGACACAGAUCUUUUAUCACUCAUACCGGCUGGCACUGCAGCUUCAUUGCUAAUUGACAUCGUCGAUUGCAUCCAGGAAAUAGCCGAUUCUGUUAACAAUCUGGCCGCGCUCGCCGAUUUUGAAGACGGUGAUAAAUCUCCUAAACCACCAUCGUCGCAAUCACAGGCCCUACAUUGUGAAUGUGCUGAACCAGUUCCAAAGAUUGAUAGCAUAGUUUGAAUGAAUUGCUUUAUUUAUAUUCGUAUAAUAUAAAGAUGACUUCGAUGAUGCUCUUUGGUCUCUUCUUUAGAGAAACGGAAAGUGCGGACUAGAAGUCGUAACUUUGAUAAUUACUAAUAAACAAAAAUUAAUAAUAUUUUCAAUGUGUUUAUGUAUAUAUUCCCGCCUUAAAUUAGGUAUUCA